AUGCCCGAACAACCCCGAAUUCUACAGCCACGGCCUCGCCGUAUCUUUGAGGUGACCCCGGGGUCAGAAGAGCCCAGUGCGCCCCCUACGCCGGGCGAACCCUCAAACUCCGAUUUUCUCAACCCUGCAGGUGCGGACACGGCAGCCAAUUCGACCAGCGUGAGUCGAACGGGAUCAGUUCUGAACCUCACCUCCUCAACCUUGUAUGGCAUCUAUUCGCCUACCGCAUUCGACAGCUUGCGAGAUGAGUCCAGCCCCUGGGGCACCGAGUCCACCGAUCCAGCCUCUCAGCAUCUCCCCGAGCCCCUGCAGCGAUCGGCCGAAAAAGCGGCGUUAGAUCCUCGUCGAAUGGCUCUGCGGCGGACACGCUCCCGGUUGAGUCAAGGCACAUUCCGUGGGGUUCUCUUGCCGCAGCUGUUGAGCAGUGCUCUACUGUUUGGUUUCGGACUGGUGUAUGGAGUCAUUACCGUGCAUUUGCACGACAAUCACUGGAUCACGCCCGUGAAGUUGGAGAACACUCACUAUUACGAUUCGUGGCAAUACCUCGCAUUUUGGGGGUUGGCUGGUAUCGUGUUGGGAAACACUUUGCCAUGGUUGGAUAGCCGGCGCGAGAGCGAUCUCAUGGACGACGAUACCAAGGAGGAGGAGGAUGAAACAAACCGCACAACAUCGUGGGUGACUGUAGCUCGCAGUGUAGGCGCGUUUGUCGGAAUUGCUUUCGCAAUGCGACGUCUUCCCUGGGAAUCCACCACGCAAGCCUCCUUGACUUUGGCCAUGGCCAACCCCGUCCUCUGGUAUUUGAUCGAUCGUACCACCACUGGCUUCCUCCUCUCAACCACCGUCGGUCUAGCAGGCAUGAGUCUUGUUCUGGGAAUGAAGCCCGAGUUGAUUCCUGCAUCAACUGGACCGACCUUUGGCACGGCACUGUUGAACGGAACAAGGCUGGAGAACUCACUAGGAGGAGAGAUCUCCCAAGAGAGCAUCGCAGUCCGCACUUGGGUCGCCAGCGUGCUCUUCUGCGCCUGUGUCUGUUUUGGAAAUAUCGGCCGUCAAUUGGCCAUUGGCGCGCCUGUCGCUGAAAAGAUCAAACGUUGA